CGUUUCCGGCCGGCCGGCCGGCCGCCCCCACGCCACGCGAACGGGCCAAGCCAAAACCGUGGACGCCCUCUCCCGGCCAGCCAACCGUUUUUGCCCCGCGCCGCAGGCGCAGCCCGCACCGCACGCCAUCGCCCGGUCUGCCCGUGAUCGUUUGGCUGAGAAAUUCAAGCAGGGGACUAGUCGACUAGACUAUAAAGAAAGAUUAUCAGGUGGCUAAGCGUACGUAACCAAGCUACUGGUAGCGUUGCGUACCACGAGGGGAGAGGUCGCUGGUGCCAGCGGGAGUCGGGUCUGGUGGUGGCGGCGGGGGUCGCCGGCGACCAGCGGGCGGCGAGCCGGCGGCAUGUGCAACGGGCAGGCGUGUUGCGGGCGGGAGCGCGCCUUCCGCGCGUCCCUGCACGACGGCGCGAGGCCGGCGGGCCGGCGCGACGCGCAGGUGGAGGCCGCGCGCGGCGAGGGCGCCGAGACGGUGGUGGCGACGGUGCGCGCCAAGGCGCGCGCGCUGGAGGCCGAGGCCGAGCGGGAGCGGCGGCCGCGGGGGCGGGAGGCGGAGGCCGGGAUCGAGCGGGCGGAGAAGCUCAUGCACCUGCUCCUCUGGGGACCCAACUGACCGUCCCCGACUAGUCGAGGCCUCGAUGGUCUCGUACAACAGUUCGUGCGCAUGCUUGGAGUUGUGAAUUUGGUUUGAGAUUGGCAGACAAGUUUGCAGCUUUUCAUCUCCUUGUUUCAGCGUGAUGGUACUGUUCAUCGUUUGAUUUCGUUGCAUGAAAAAUACAAAAACUAGAAUUAUUUAGAGUUCAAGGGCUGAGAGAUGACGCUCGAGGGCUUGCUUGUAUCGUUGGGCUGUCUGUUCUGUAAUCGACGGGCUGAGUGAUGGUAAAUUUGUAAUCCGUA